AUGGAGUCUUUUCGCUCAUCUCAGGGCUUUGUGCGAGCCUUGAAGAGUUCCUCUGAUCCUCCAUCCCCAGAAGGACCUCUGAAAAUCGAUAUUGCGCGUCAGGCAUGGGACAAUAAAACUUUCUACGUCCCUAGAAAAGAGGAAGUCAUUGCGGAUUGGGUGUUGAGUAGAUUGCUUAAAGAAAAAUCGACGAUUCUUGAUGUUCGUUAUUGGACCCUCCUGCUCGAUGUCAUCUCGUCGCCGCAAGUCUCUUUAAGAACAUGGCUCCUACCGUUGUUGAAUCGCAUACCGGUCUUACCUGUGGUCGUUGCACUCCUAAGAGGCCUAUCAGAUGUUGAUGUCUCAGCUCGACAACACCUGACCUUCCUCACACGCAAUUGCCUGGCAAUAAUAUGGCCUCUGGCAGUCCAUAAAUUUACCGCCGAAAAUUUGCUAGAGUGCUUCGGAAUAUUCUUGCUCUCUGCACGGUGCUGCCAAUCAGACAAGAAUCAUGAUCAGAUUGGACAAUGGUUACUUCAUUCAUUCCUGUCCUCCUUCAAUAACUCGUCAAUGAAAAAGAAGCUUUACUCUACAUUUACCCAAAUGUAUCUUGGUGAUUGGAUGACGUACAUCAGUACAGACGUAGCGGCCUCAAUCCUCGGGGAGAACAUAUACACUGCCGGUGUUGAAAUCCUCUUCAGUCUUGACAUCCUCCGGCAGUCUGUUGACGGUGAUCUCACACUUUUCGAAGUCCUGGAGGGUGUCAAUAUGUCUUCACUCCUCGUCAACCUUCCUCGCCUGUUUCGCUCGUUCGUAACCUCAGUCAAGCGGUUUCGUGGAGCACUCUUUGGACAGGGAUCGUCGCGACAGUCGAUUGGUGGGAUCGAAGAAGUCCGAUCGGCAGGGAUGCAUUUUUUCAUUUCUUCUCAGCCGCUGUUGAACGCCAGCGGCUUAGAGGUGGAAGCCUGGACAGCUCAGGUGGAGCUGCUGAAAGUCAUCAACGAAGAGGCACUGUUCACCGGUAGUCAACGAGACCUUGAAGGAAUCUUCACGAAGGUUAUUGAGAAUGCUAUCUCCGUUCUCAGCACAGCUAGCGUCACAGAAGAACAGAAGAUCGUCACCUCACUUGUAGCUGGUGCGCUCACUAUGAUUGCUCGUAUAGAGUACAGUAUCCUGGAAGCAGCGUUGCCUAAAAUCUUACCCCUGAUAUUGGUGAGACCGACUGCCGACAAGUCUUUCUUCUCAUUCCUAGAAAUCUUGUUGGACUACCACUCAAAAACUCGCACCAUAAACACUCACCUCUCAGUCUUACUAUCAGCGCCUGAACGAGACAGGAUAGCACUCAUCCUCGAUGACGUCAGGACGACCUACCAGAUUGCCACGGACGCAUCUGCGCUUGUUCAUCCUGUUCACUUUGAUCGUUUGGUUAUAUGUACCCGAACUUUCCUCACCUCCACUCAAAUACUACCGACUAUUCACUCAAUCUUUGAAAAUCUGGCUUCGUGUUCUGAUGCAUUCUCAGCUGCACAAGAGACUUUGUCGGAACACCUCAAAAAAGCAAUGAAGGGGAAAUUACCUGCGGUUGCUGUUGAAGACAUCAUCCAUGAUUUAGACGUGUCAGCUUUCUGUUUGACACUUUCCUGUCGGAUAUCCAGCGUCAUCCUGUCUGCGAUAUCGCAACAAUCAUUGCCUUCCUCAAUUCGAGAGGAGUUGCAUCGCUCUGCAGACACUUUUCGGAGUGCGUCGCUGAAUCCAACCCUAUCCAAAUCAGUAAAAUUUCUGCACAAAAUGAUCGGUACUCACUCUCGUGAGGUAUGGGGAUCAUCAGUGGGAGCGUCAUCACUUCUCCGUCUGCAAUACUCCCUGAGUGCUCAGCGCUGUCAUUCUCUGACACAAGAGGAUUCGUGGGAUGGCAAAACAUUGACGAAACUCAUGAUGUUAUUGGACAAAAGCUGUGAUGAACAUGGAUACCCUGUUUAUCCUGCUAUGAACUUUGAGAUUUUUCGAACUCUGCUUGAUUCUGUCGGUCAUCACGUUGAAGAGAACACAUCUUUAGUGGACAAAUUGAUUGCCUUUGUUGCGCAAGGCUCGCUACCCCUGGAUGCCGGCCGUACACAUAUUGCGCUGCUUCAUCUUCUUAUCGGCCAAUGGCUUCCAACUAUAGAUGUUUUGGCAUCCCGCGAACAAUUGAGCAAUCUUGUUCGUGUCAUCGUCGGGAGCGGUAAUGCCGUACUUCAGCAUUUCCUGACAUCGGCCCAAGUCUGGGAGUUACCGAGUUUACGCAAUGCAUUCCUUGCUUACUUUGAUGAGGCGACAUCAGCACUAGGAACCGAUGACCAGCGAUCGGAGGAGUCUAUCCGAACUGAUAGUACAACACACCGUGACAUAAUAGUUGUGUUCCGCAUUCUACUGGCGGUUCCGGUUGAGUAUUUCUCUCGGCAGUCAUGGCUAAAUUUUGCAAAGAGAGCAUUACGCGCAGAUACAGUGAUCUGUGGUUUGAUAAAUGAAGAUGAGGGAUACAUUUCCCAAUCUAAAUCGGUGCUCCGCACUUUCGCGAGGCGAACAUUCUCACAUCUUGGUGUCAUUGACCGACAUCUCGAAGAUGUCCCAUCCUACUUGGAGCAUCUGAUGAUAUCUGCUACAACCGCUCUAACCAAUCAAGAAGUGACGUUGGCCACAUUAGAUCUUGUCGAGUUCUAUGUAUCCUCCCUCUUGAAAGCAGAGAAGAACCAUCGCUCAGCCACAUCUGAACUCUUGUCCAAUUUUCAUCAGCGGCUGCAGCUCAGUUCUUUCCUUGAGCGAGACGUUCGUUCGCAGUGCUUACAGCGGACGGCUCAGCUUUUGAUCAAAGAGCACCAACCUGACAGUUUCUCAGAUGAAUUCAGGGCUAAGCUGCUCAAAAUUCAAAACGAUUUUAAGGCCUUCCUUGAGCCUUCUAUGACGGCAAUGGCAGCCAACGACAUCAAUGCAGACGACUUGAAAUUUCCUGCCAGUGGGCUGUUGGGUGGGUGGUAUUGCAUUAUCUCCCUCCAACGAUGGCUGACGCCGGAAGGUGUCAAUCUGCAGGUGUACGGACACCACUUGUGCCUCAAGUUCUGUCAGCUCGAUGAGAAUCACUGCUAUCAUCAUGCGAUAACCACUACGUUUGCAAUUCUCAAAGAGGAAUUCUUAUACAGCACAGAUGUCACUCGGCGCGCCCUUUUGGAUAUAGUAACGGAAGCCUAUGUAGUUCUAUAUCCCACCUUCGGCUCCGAAGACGAAGCCAGCAUGGAUGCCAUUCUGGCCGACAUAUAUGGAGAACUAUCGGCUCCGGAGUUUACUCAUGUAACAGAAACGGUCUCUCGGUCACUACUGAGUAGCGAGCACACCACAGCAUCCUUACAGUGUAUGGUGGGUGUGGCCAUGUUAUUGUUACAAGAGAUUCCAAAAACUACUUUCCAAAUUGCCCAAAACUUUACGACAUUCUGUAUAACGACAUUUGGGAGUAGGAAUGUGUUCAUCUCCGUGUCCGCGAUACGCCAGCAAGUACUCCGCUUCCUAGUUCAAAGGUGUCGCGAUCGAUCAACAACACUGCGACCGGUCGAUGUCAGCGCGAUAUGGUCACUUAUAGCAAAGCUUCUGUCCGGUGCUCGAGAACAAGAUGAGGGCACCUCGACGGCCGCCUUUCAUGACAUCGUCACGGUUAUCCGGUCUCUCGUUCGUUUCCGGCGCGACCUUGUCAUUCAAACCCUACCCCAUCUCGGUUACAUCCUGCGACAGCUACUGAUGAUAAUGCGGAGACCACGCGCUCAACUUGGGGCGAAGCAGAGCGCCAUGGUCGCACAGAGCUACCCAUCUUGGAUAAACCCCCAGCAACCGCUGGGCAAUGAAGAAGCUAAGGCUCUCUCUCGACUCUUAGAAUCUUUGGCAACCAAAAGCAUAGUCAAAGUCCAGUCAUCGAAUACUGAGGCGCCAAAGGCGGAGUCUUUGGUGGGACCGUUGUCCAAGCAUGCUGCCUAUGUGUUGACAGCACACAUUGACGCUGUCAGCGACCCUCUUUGUGUCUUCCCGGCAAGUCUUCGGAAGGAGUUAGAGCCAGGUCUUUUCGCUCUGUGUGAUAUGAUCAAUGAACACAGUCGAGAUGCGAUUAUGCUAUCGUCUCUUGACGUGGGCGGGAAAGCAACGAUGAAAGCAUUGUGGAAGGAAUAUGAAAAGCAACGAUAUAUCGGCAAGGGAUAAGAGGCACCGUUGUUAUUGUACAGCAUAUAUU